UUCCUCUCCCAGGUGGACUCUCUCUGUGGGAGGCUCUUCCCAUCCCUUGCUUCUCAGGUGCGCCUCCUCCUCCUCCUCCUCCUCCACCAUGAAGUUCUCCCUGCGCUUCUGGUUCCUUUCCACGGCCUUCCUUUUGGCCUUCGCCAUGUCCCUACUCUUCACGUACUCCCACCACAGCGUGGCCUACCUGGACCCGGGCGGCCUGGGCGGCAACGGCGGUUCCCACCGGGUGAAGCUGGUGCCCAGUUACGCCGGGAUGCAGCGGCUGAGCAAGGAGGGCCUCUUCGUCAAGAGCUGCGCCUGCCACCGCUGCCAGGUGGGCGCCGCGGACGCCGAGUGGUUCCGCAGCCGCUACGACGCCCGCCUCUCCCCCGUCUGGACCCGGGAGAACAUGGAGCUGCCCCUGGACGUCCAGCGCUGGUGGAUGAUGCUGCAGCCGCAGUUCAAGUCCCACAACCUGAACGAGGUCCUGAGCAAACUCUUCCUGAUCAUCCCCGGAGAGAACCCCUACCGCUCCCGGCCGUCCCCACAGUGCCGGCGCUGCGCCGUCGUCGGGAACUCGGGGAACCUGCGCGGUUCCGGAUACGGCCGGGAGAUCAACGGACACGACUUCGUCAUGCGGAUGAACCAGGCCCCGACGGUGGGCUUUGAGGUGGACGUGGGGAGCCGGACCACCCACCACUUCAUGUACCCUGAAAGUGCCAAAAACCUUCCGGCCAACGUGAGCUUCGUCCUGGUCCCCUUCAAAGCCCUGGACCUGCUCUGGAUCGCCAGCGCCCUCUCCACUGGCCAGAUACGCUUCACUUACGCCCCAGUGAAGCCCUUCCUCCGGGUGGACAAAGAGCGGGUCCAGAUCUACAACCCGGCUUUCUUCAAGUACAUCCACGACCGCUGGACGGAGCACCAUGGGCGCUACCCCUCCACGGGCAUGCUGGUGCUCUUCUUCGCCCUGCACGUCUGCGACGAGGUGAAUGUCUUUGGCUUUGGGGCCGACAGCCGGGGCAACUGGCACCAUUACUGGGAGAACAACCGCUACGCGGGGGAGUUCCGCAAGACCGGGGUGCACGACGCCGACUUCGAGGCCCACGUGGUGGGCGUCCUGGAGAAGGUCGGCAAGAUCGACGUCUACCGCGGCAACUGAGCCACUUCCGCGCCUUCGACCGAAAGAUCUCCCUUGCUCGGAGGGAAAGUUGACACGGGGCAGAGCACUCGGAGCGCGUUUGCCGACGGAAAAGGUCUCGACAGAGACGGACGAAGCGCCUUUCCCUUCUCCGAGGAAGGUGUCCGGAAAGCAAGAAGAGGAUUCAAGAGCAGCCUCCACGGAACGGGAAGCUCCGCCCGGCUUCCCGAAGGAAUCCCCAAAGGCCUCCUUGGCCUGAAUGUGAACCUGAGACCUCAACGGACCUCUCUGGUUUGUAUGGACAAGGCAAAGUCAGCCACAACAGCCACGUUUUUGUGGAUACGGAAGUCCCCUUUGGUUCCCCUUUUUGUAUUUUCAAGGCAGAGGAUCGCCUUGAGUUUUGCAAUCAUGGAGGAGAUGAUCAUGGAAACUCAUGGACCUUGACGUCCAGCAGCGGAUGAAGGGUGGACGCUGGCCAUUCAGUGAUGAAUGGACACUCCACCCUCCUUGCUAUGAGACCUGAGUGUCCCUAUGGGGAGCGGGGUGGCCGUGGCAAUGGCACUCGGGUGGUGUAGCCAAUGCCUUCCCUCUCUCUCUUACUUCUUUCCCUUCCUUCCUUCCUUCCUUCCUUCCUUCCCUUCUAACUUCCUCCCUCCCUCCCUCCCUUCCCCCUUCCUUCCUCCCUCCCUUCCUAACUUCCUAAUUUCCUUCCUUCUUUCCUGCCUCUCUUCCUUCCCUCCUUCUUCCUUCCUU